AUGGUGAUCGUGAAGGACGGUAGCUGCUGUGUUUCUUUCCCACUUGGACAUAAACAGUUUAAUUUUACCCAUCAGGCUGUGCAGAUGGACAGAGGCAUGUCUGUUUCUCUGUGGUGCGAGGAGGUGGAGGACGACCGGAGUCAGGGUCAGAACGAUGCUCCAGCGCAGGGCCACAUCAGGGGCUCGUCUCAGCUGCGAGCCGCCUGGGACCCCACUGUGUCGGGGCAUCGUGUCAUCCAGAGGCUGCUUCACGUGGAGGAGAGGUACAUGCCCUCCAUGCUCUACAUCACCCUCAUCCAGCGGGAUCCAGAGCGCAGGGAGGAGCUCGCCAAAUGGGCCCUGGAGGUGUGCUGUGAGUGCGGCUGUGACGAGACAGUGUUUCCUCUGUCUGUCUCUCUGAUGGACAGGUUCCUGUCUGCCUCUCUGUCUAUACCUGUUUCACCGUACUGCCUGGCCGCCAGCUGCAUCCUCAUCGCCUCCAAACUCACAGAGUGUGACAAUGUCACUGCUGACACUCUCUGUGCAGCAGCUGAGUACAGCUUCCAGUCUUCCAACCUGCGGGAAAUGGAGCGUGUCAUCCUCGCCACCCUCCGAUGGGACACUGCAGCAGUGACCCCUCAGGACUUCCUCCCACAUUUUCUUGCCUCCGUGGAGCAGACAGGAGAGGAAGAUGGUGGUGAGUCUGAGGAGGAGCGGCUGUCCACCCUGCGGCGGCACAGCGACACUCUGGCUGCCAUGUGCGCCUGUGACUCCCGGUUUCUGGGAGCACCACCGUCACUUGUUGCUGCAGCAUCACUGAACUGUGCACUGCGAGGUCUGGGCAACAAGGGGCCCUAUCAGCUGGCUCUUAUGAGUGAAGCACUGGCAGAGCUGUGCCAGAGUGACCUGGCAGUGCUGCAGUGCUACAGCGAGAUGAUUGAAUACACCCUCCGCCAGCGGCUGAGGAGUGGGCUCCAGCAGGGCCCCAUGGAGAAAGAUGAGGAGGUGGAGAAUGAAAGGGCCGGGACCCCCACUGACAUGAGAGAGAUUGAUUUCUAAACACUGUGUUGCAUAGAAAGUGUAAAUCAAUCAAAACCCCUCAAGUUCAUCAGUCAAACUGAUAUAAAUUGAAAAGGACCUCAACAUGCUGUGACAUGGUUUUAUAUAUUUUGAAAUUAUUAAUUAUUAUUGAGUGAUUGCUAAUUUAUUUUUUACUUUAUUUAUUUCUGAGCAAUUUUGCAACUAUGUUGUGUUUUCCAUGUGCCAUAUUUUAUUAUCUAUUUCUAUUAAUUUUAUUGUAGGACUAGACGUUAUUUUGAUGCAUAAUAUUUAUACUUUUAAUUUAUUAUCACGUGCAAUUGUUGACUCUUUUGAUGUUAAUUUAUUUCAAUAUGCCAUGACUUUGUGUUUUUAAGUACUGAA